AUGACAAUUUUCUCAACUAGCAAACCUCGCACAGGGUACGAGGAGGAUGUUCUACCCGGCACGGAUAUUCUGCGUGACCGGGGAAGUAAUGAGCGUACGAGUUAUUGUCGCUCUUUUCUUCUCUCUCCAGACUGGGAUUCUGAUGCAAACAGCAACCUCGUACCACGUCCCUCCGAUGCCCCCCAUGAUCCACUGAAUUGGUCGCCCACUUGGAAAUAUCUUGUUAUCGCAACCCAAUUCCUUUUUCUAUUCGUCUCCGUGGAAUCUGCCCUUUCAAUGGGCCCAAUGUUUCCCUUCUUCGCCGAAGAAUUCCAUCUGGACGAGACCCAACUCAGCCUCCUGACCGGGGCGUGUGUUUUGGCCCUCGGCUACUCGAACUUUCUCAUCGUCCCGUGCUCGAACAUAUUUGGUCGUCGGAUCACCAGUCUUGCCUUCUGUCUGCUAGGCACGGCGUCGUGUCUGUGGCAAGCACUUGCAAAAUCUCAUUCGAGCUUGCUGGUGGCGCGGGUUGUUAACGGAAUAGCCACGGCCACGAGUGAGACGGUGAUGGUCCAGGUCACUUCGGACAUUUUUUUCUUGCACGAGCGCGGUGCAUGGACCGGCCUUUAUUUUAUGGGGUACUUUUUGGGCUUGUUUAUCGGGCCCAUCAUCUCCGGGAAUAUUGCUCAAAACAUCGGAUGGCGGAGCUUUUUCUGGCUAUCUCUUGCCAUGUCUGCGUUCAACUUCAUUACUCUACUCGUUGUCUUCCCCGAAACUCGAUAUCUUCGCGACCAUAAGGAUGCUCCCGCAUCCUCCACUCAGCCCAGCUCUACAGAACCGAUAAAACAGGAAUUAACACACCUAGAGAACCUAGAGACGCCACAGUGGAAGCAGCUCCUCUUACGGGACUUGACAGUCCCAUUCUACGCAUUCCUAUUCCCCAUCAUCCUGUGGGCAGGACUGAACGUCGCUGGGCCAGCGAACCUCCUCCUAUACUGGAACCUGACGGAGUCAGGAGUACUGAGUGCCCCACCGUAUAACUUCUCCCCAUCCAGUGUCGGCUACUCAAACUUCGCCUUCGUCGCCGGUGGCCUCGUUGGCCUCGUCACCGCGGGCCCCUUUUCAGACUGGAUCGCCGCCAGAGCAACCGCCAGAAACGGCGGGAUUCGCGAAGCGGAGAUGCGUCUCCCAGCACUCAUUCCGUACUUCAUCACCACCGUCGUUGGUGUCAUCAUUGGCGGCCUCGGAUAUGAUCGUCAAUGGGAGUGGCCUGUUAUCAUAGUCGUCGGGUAUGGUCUCACGGGUCUGUGUGUGACUGCCGUUCCAACGAUUGCUAUUUCAUAUGCGGUUGACUGCUACGAACCAAUUUCGGGAGAGAUUAUGGUCGUGGCGACGGUGAUUAAGAAUACCUGUGGGUUCGUCAUGAGCUAUUGGGUCAUGCCGAUGGCCGCGAGAAGAGGUUGGUUGGUACCUACGAUGGUGGAAUUUUCAUUGACAAUUGGUCCGUUGUUAUUUGGGAUUCCGAUGUAUUUCUUUGGCAAGAGUUUGAGGCAGUUGACAAGGAACUCAAGAGUACAUGCACUGUGA